AAAGUUUUCCUAUUUACAUUAAUAGGAACAAGCAAUGGAAGAUUUAGAUCACAACACAUGGAACAAACUAGUUAGAGAUUCAGAGAAGGUCGGUUAUCGCGAAGGGAUUUCAGAUGGUAGGGAGAAAAAUUUCCAAGAAUCCUUUGAUGAGGGUUACAAACAAGGAUUUUCAAAUGGUUUCCAAUUUGGUAGAAUCAAAGCUAUCACCAAAAUUAAAAAUGAUGAUGCUCUGAAAGCUUUGCCUACAAGAAGAGGAAACUGUGUGAUAUGCAAAGAUCCAACAGUAAAAAAUCAAUCUAAUUCCUUUAUUAUUGAGAAGCAAACAAUUGAUACAAAUACAGAAAUUGAAACAAUUCAAACAUUUUCUCAAAACAAAAAUACACAAAAAGAUUACAAAUAAAGACCUUCAGGAGUUCCCUCCUUCUUCCUAU